GCAUCAGUCAUUUCGAUUGCUUCUGCCUCUACAGGGUUGCCUUGACACACCAUGGAUCACCGCCAAAACUCUUCCCUGCCAUACAACAUGAAGGUGCUGGUCUACCCUUCCCUGGUGAUGGCGGUGCUGCUGGUGCUGGCGGCGGGAGAUAAGCAAGAGGACCAUAUCUCGGCCUUAUUUUGGGGCCACACGUCUCGAAAGAUUCUUGAGACGUGUGCCAGUCAAGCCGACCUAUGCUCAGCUAAUGCAGACAAAUGCUACGAAUGCUUCAUCGCUACCAAGCUCAUAGUGGCGACGAAAGAAGACGCCGCUCUGGCCAAGGAGAAAAUAAUCGAGUGUGGGAACUUUCUGUCCGUCGGUGUUGACUUUUCCUCCCUCUCGCUCAAAUGCUUCCAGAAAUUAAAGGUGCACGACUUUGGCGUCGACCUCUGGGCGCUGCUUUUCAACUACAAAGUGCCGGAGAGCCAGAUCGGCCCCAUGUAUGAGUGCGUGUUAGCUAAGAGGAUCAACAAACUGAAGAAUUGCCUGACCUCAACCAACAGCAAUAAUUAAGCCUGAGGCACCGCCAGGAUCCAUCAGUCGCCCUUAGAAGGACCUCCGAAGGAUCUAUGAAAGGAUAUCCGACUCACCAAAGAAUUUAUCGAACGACGAUGAGCCAAUUUCUCUUUGUAUUCUUUUUCUCUUGUUUUUGCAUUUAUUCAUUGAUUGACUGGACUUUAAAAAUUCCUCCCCUAUAGCCUGUAUGUUCCUUAACCGAGUUGCAAAUAAAUGUCUUGAGCAUC